AUGAAUCAGGGCAGAGAAGACGCAGUUGACGGAGGUGACACGGCAGAUAAAGAUGACGCGGCUAAUGAUGGCGCGGCUAAUGAUGGCACGGCUAUUGAAGAUGACGACGGAGAGACAUAG